UAUUGUUUUCAGUUCUGUUCUGUUGGAGGGAAAUUUGAAAAAUGAAUUAUAAAGAAMAUCUAAAAGAUGCCUUUGAAAAGCUUUAUAGGGAAUCAAUUCAACACUUUGAGGAAAAAUCUGAGGAUUUCUUUUUCAAUGGAAGCAAACUUGAGUUGGCAAAGGAGAAAAUGCAUGACCAUAGCCAAGAGUAUAGCUCAGGGUUACUCAACAGAGCUGGGAAGAAGAAUAUCUUUACAGACAACAAAACAUGGAAAACUACYAUCUUUAAAAGAAAAAAGCCGCCCUCACCAAGAAUUAAUGUUAGAACUUUAAAAAACAAAAGAGACGACUUGAAAGACUCCAUUGAUAGGAUUCAUUUUGAUCUUCUUUUUGGCAAGAAAAACCUUAAUAGUGAAUACCACACAACCACCAAUAGAACAAAUUCAAGUUACAUUUUGGCAAGAAAUAUAAAGAAUAUGAAACGAAGAUGUCACUCUGUUGAUGAAAGAAAAAACACCUUUGUAACAKYAAUUGACAGCAAAAUAACCAUGCGYAAUAAGGAAAAAACACUUCRMCARMURAGAAWAUCAGAGGACACUUCACAAGAAUUUUGCACUCAUCCGCAAUCUCUUGAUGAUUCUGGUGUCUUUGGAGAAAACUUUGAGUCUACAAGAGAUUAUGUCAAUUCUUCUGAGAUGAAUAAUAUGAACAAAACACCAAAAAGAAGUAUGUCGCAAGAUGAAAGUGGAGGCUCACGAUUUAAGAAUUCAAAGUCCUUUAUACAAUUGAUGACAGAGGAUCCAAAAGCAACCAAAAAACCUGGCAGUAGAGAGAACAAGACUUCAAAAUUUAGACAUCCUGCUUGUGCCAAUGAAUUAAACCCAACUCCUAUGUAUCAAAAAUCUGCAGCUAAAGAGAGAAGGCAAAGAUUACAACCACUUUUCUCUAGUCAUUGUGGAGGAAUUUGGAAAGCCAUUGUUGAGGAGAACUAA